UCUUCUCAGUCAAUUCCCAUCAUUCAGAUCCGACAAUACAACACCUUCAUUCGAAUCACGCCCUAUGGCUUUGGUCACUUCUGCUCAGCUCGUGUAGGCGCAACGCCUGCACUGGGCUUGGUUGACUUCUAACAAUGAAGUAUCUGCCGAUUCGCGAGCUGGAAGACGUCACCACCGCCUUGAACUUCGAUACAGCGGACUGCCACGUGAUCGGAGGCUGCGACCUGUAUACGACCAAGGCUGCUGGCAGUGACAAGAAGCUCUACAAGGAGAUCGAAGAUUCCCUGGAAUCCCAACAUGAGACCCUCCUCAAACUCUCCGUUUCCCUCUCCCCACCGCAGGCCGAGUCCCUCGGCGCAUCGUUGAAUCUCUCCCGCUCCAGCGCGUUCGGUCCGCUGAGCCAGGUGUCAAGCCGUCGCACCUUCGCAUACUUGAUCGCGACGCUGAAUUCCAGCCAUCCCGACUAUGACUUUUCGAACAUCCUUCGACCGUCGGACUUCCGACGGGAGCGGUACUUUACCGCCGUCACCAACCGGAUCGACUCGACUAUCUACAAUCUGCGACCGCGGCCGGUGACGGUGCUGCAGGGUGCAUCGCAAAGCACCACUGGUAGCAGCGCAUGGGGACCGCGGAUGUGGCGGCUCAUCGACAAUGAGAUGGACCUUCGCUCCUGCGACGUGUACACGUAUCUGCCGGAAGAAGACCCCUUCCAGGGCGAGGAAGGCGCGAUCUGGAGCAUCCAUCAUUUCUUCUUCAACAAGCAGAAGAAGCGAGUCUGCUAUAUCCACCUUCGCGGCAUGAGCAUCAUUGGACACACCCCCUUGCGCGCGCCUAUCGCGCCCACGCCGAAGAAGAAGCGACGUAGCUCUGUCUAUGACGACGGCGCGAGGAAGCGCGCGGUGUUCUGGCUGGGCGAGCGCGCGGGGAUCGACUACGCCGACGACGAUGACGAUGACAUGGUCAUCGAUAACCCGGGCGACGACGAAGUCGACAACGACCUAGACCUCCUAGAUCACGAACAUGCACUAACCUCGUCACGGCGCAAGAACCGGAGCGGCGUUCGUGCGAUGAGCGAGUCCAUUAUGGAGACAAUGGAACUUGAUUCUUAGGAUGGGACGGAUGGGGGUUGAUGAGUAUCCGAUUAAUGACGGUUCGGGGUUCACGGGAUCGGCGUCCGGUGGCAUAGGUUUCGCGGGCGAGAAAGGCGGCAUCGGAGAAGGUCAAAUUGCCUCGUUCAUCCAUGGUUCGCUGGUGCCGCAGUUUGGGUCUGUAUAUUUCUGUGCGUCGAUGCCUACGUAGCUUGCGUUAUUAAUGCUAUGGUAUUCUUCUCGACGAUCGGGAGCUCGGUAGUCCGAUAUCCUCCAUAUCUACCAGUUUGGUCUCCUCCUUAAUUUCCUUCUUGAUCGCCUGACCCGCGUCUCCGUUCGUCGUGAUCGUCUCCUU